AUGACCGGACGACAAGCGGUAAACACCCUUUCGCGCACCGCACUCUCGGGUGGCUCGGCGGUGUGCCGCUUCGCCUCGACGUCGGCAGCCAAGGCGGCACGUACGCCGCCGCAUCUCUUGACAUUGGCCGAGCUCUCGCCCGCCCAGAUUGGCUCGGUGCUCAAGUCGGCAAUUGAGUUCAAGCAGGCGUUCCGAAGCACCUCGCUCGCGCUUCCCGCAGCGUCGCGCAAGCAGCUCGGCGCAGGCGAGUCUCCCAUCCCGCAGAGCCUGAAGAACAAGUCGGUGGCCAUCAUCUUUAGCAAGCGCAGCACGCGUACUCGUGUUGCGUCCGAGACGAGUGUCGCAUCGCUCGGUGGCUCGGCACUCUUCUUGGCGCCUUCGGAUAUCCAGCUCGGCGUGAACGAGAGCCUGUACGAUACCGCCAAGGUGGUCAGCUCGAUGGUGGAUGGUAUCAUGGCGCGUGUGGCGGGUCACGACGAGGUGGAGCUGCUGGCAAAGCACUCGACGGUGCCGGUGAUCAAUGCGCUCUCGGCGCGCUACCACCCGACGCAGAUCCUCGCAGACCUGCAGGCGAUGCUCGAGGUGUAUGCGCCUUCGGCCACGCCCGGCGACCUCACCGGCCUCGCGGGCCUCAAGGUGGCUUGGGUGGGCGACAGCAACAACAUCCUCAACGACAUGCUUGUGGCCUAUCCGCGUCUGGGCAUCAACCUCUCGGUGGCCACGCCCAAGGGCGCCGCGUACCAGCGCGACGAGCUCGUGUGGGGUACAAUGCAGGACGGCCUCUCGGCACUCAGCAAGUCGGGCUCGUCGCCUGUUGCGCUGGGCCAGGUCAACUGGACCAACGACCCGGCCGAGGCGGUGCGCGAUGCCGACAUCAUCGUCACGGACACGUGGAUCAGCAUGGGCGACGAGGCGCAGAAGGAUCAGCGGCUGCGCGACUUCAAGGGCUUCCAGGUGACCGAGGCCAUGGCCAAGGCGGGCGGCGCCAAGCCCGACUGGAAGUUCAUGCACUGCCUGCCGCGCAAGGGCGACGAGGUGGACGACGAGGUGUUCUACUCGGACCGCUCCAUCGUCUUCCCCGAGGCCGAGAACCGAAAGUGGACCAUCAUGAGCUUGUUUGACCGCAUGUACGGCCGGUGGGAGCUCAUAGACCACGGCAUCGACAGUUUGCCUGCGAGGUCGUGGUGGAAGAGUGCUGUUCGAGUGUUGGUUGAUGAGAUGGACUAUACAUCGCUGCUGUCUGAUACGGCGCGCAACCGGAUGCCUUCGGCGAUCCGCUCGCUGUUCCCCGCCGAGCUCAUCCCGGGCAUGGUGUCGCUGCUGUCGGGCAAGCCGAAUUCGGACACGUUCCCCUUCCAGCGCAUCGUGCUUGAGCUCAAGCCGGCGCAGCCCGACGCAGCACCGGAGCAGAUUGCGAUCGAGGGUGGCGACUUGGAUGUCGCGCUGCAGUACUCGGCCACGAGCGGAAUCCCCAAGCUCGUCGAGUGGAUCCAGACGUUCCAGAGCAAGAUCCAUGCCCGGCCGCUGGUGGCCAACGAACAGGGCGCCGGUAAAGUGUGGAGGUGCUCGUUCGGCAAUGGAAGCCAGGAUCUCCUCACAAAGACGUUCGAGGCGCUCGUCAAUCCGGGUGACUCGGUGGUCUUAGAAAGCCCUGCUUACUCGGGGAUUUUGCCGAGCCUGGUGGCGCACAAGGCACGCAUGUUUGAAGCAGCCACCGACUCGGAAGGUGUUGAGCCGCAUGCUCUUGAUGAGCUGCUUUCCAACUGGACCACUGCCCCCGCCACACAAGGCGCUCCCUUUCCCAAGUUCCUCUACACGACCCCGACAGGUGCGAAUCCAUCUGGCACAAGCGCUUCGGACGAGCGCAAGCGUGCCGUACUCGCCGUCAUCCGCAAACACAACCUGCUGCUGCUCGAAGACGAUCCGUACUACUUUCUCAGCUUUGCCGGACUGAGUGCGGAUGCCGACCCCGUCACGCGGGCGAGGGGAAAAAGCUACUUUCGGCUCGAACUCGAAGACGGUAACAAUGUCGGAAGGGUGUUGCGCUUCGACAGCUUUAGCAAGAUCCUCAGUGCCGGUCUGAGGCUGGGCUUCAUCACGGGCCCGAGGGAGCUGUUGGAUGCGAUUGAUCUCGAUACGAGCAGUCGCAAUCUGCAGACGUCGGGAACGAGUCAGGCCAUCGCAUAUGCACUGCUUAGCAGGUGGGGCAUGGACGGAUUCUUGCACCAUGCCGACUCGGUCGCGCGCUUCUACCAGGACCGACUGGAACGAUUCGAGGCAUCGGCAGACAGCAUCCUGCGGGCGUCGCCCUCGGUCGCCGACUGGGUGCGUCCGACGGCAGGCAUGUUCCUCUGGAUCCGUCUCAAGCUUCCCCCCUCUGGCGAAGGCGCUGCCGACGGCGACUCGUACGAUCUGGUCAGCAACAAGGCCAAGGCUGCCGGCGUGCUCGCGCUGCCAGGCAUCGCAUUCAAGCCGCCCACCGACACGCGCACGCCCAGCGCGUAUGUGCGCACGAGCUUCAGCCAGGUCCCCCUCGACCAGAUCGACACCGCCUUCCAGCGUCUGCGCAGCGUGGUCGAACAGGCAUGGCGCGACGCCGGCCUCGCCAUCCCUGCUUAG